CUUUUGUUUAUACAGUGUUUUGUCAGUGAGAGCUCACUGAUUGUCUUCAUCAUGACCAUCAUCUCUCUGCUCCUGCUGGCCUCUCUGCUGCCACACCUGACCUUCACCGCUCGUGUGAAUGUGGGUAUAGUGAAUGGCACAGAAGUAAAACCACACUCCAGACCUUACAUGGUUUCUGUUCAGAAGAACUGGCUUCAUAUCUGCGGUGGAUUCCUCAUUUCUGAUGAGUUUGUCUUGACUGCCGCACAUUGUCGAAAGAAUUCAGAGACUCUGACAGUCGUGGUUGGUGCACAUGACCUAAAAAAUAAGACUGAAGGUUCUGUCUGCAUCAGAGUGAAGUCCUACCACCAGCAUCCAGACUUUACUGAGGAACCUGUGAUGAAUGACAUUAUGCUUUUGAGGCUAGAGAAAAAAGUCACACAAAAUGAAAAAGUCAACUGGAUAUCUAUAUCAAUAAAAGAAGAGGAGAUUGAAGUGCAUUCUGUCUGCAGCGUUGCAGGCUGGGGAAGGCUGCAUAAUGGCUCCCUUAGCAAUCGUCUCAUGGAAACACACGUGAAGAUAAUGAAUAACACAAAAUGUGAAAAUAAAUGGGGAAAAGAUGAAUAUUCAGCUUCACAGAUGAUGUGUACAUAUGGCAAUGGUGGAAGUUGCACUGGGGAUUCAGGAGGUCCUUUGGUUUGUGGGGAAACUGCUGUUGGUGUCACAUCGUUUGGUGACCCUAAUCUCUGUAAUUCCCCUGAGCUACCUGAAGUUUAUAUGAAGGUUUCGGCAUAUCUGCUAUGGAUACAAAAAUAUAUUGGAAAUGUUUAUUGACUUUUUAAAUUUUGGUUUCAAUAAAUGUGUAGUUGUCGUAUGUCAAUCACCUAUGAGUGGUUAUUUCUUUACCCAGUCCUUGGGAGACUGCAAAUACGAAAGCCUUUUUUAAUCACUUUUUUUUUAAAGGAUGGUACAUUCUGAUGGCAUUUCCUGCAGACAAUAUAUUUUUACCACAUUGAUUCAGAAGAUAUAUGGUUCCUGCUCAUAAGACAUAGAGUAAAAACAUAUUGUAAAAAUGCUCACUUUACUGCAAAGACUUUGGGAAGACCUGAUAGAAGGAACUAAGCAUUUAAAGGUUUGACUUGAAUAUGCUGGAAGUAUUUUUAACACAUAAAAAUGGUGACCAACCCUGUGAUGUUACAUGCUGUGGUAUUGCAACAUGGCAGCACCCUACAUCAUUCGUGUUUGUUACGCAUUUUUUUUUAGGGUAGGUUUAGGGUUAGUAGAAUAAGUUGACAUAUACUUGCAAAGUUUCUCAUAGUCAAUGUGUUGUAUGUUGUGGACCCAUCAAAAUAAAGUGUUAGAAGAUAUUAAGCAGACAGUCUACUAAUACUCUAAUGACUGCUAGUUGACAUGUACUUGCAAAGUUAUUUAUUGUUAGUAGAAUGUCUAAAGUGGACUAUCAAA